UGUAUAUAUUGAGGCAACGAUAAGCUUUUGCAAACUGAAUCGUACAACGCAACAUGAACUACAUUAAGGAAGAAUUGACCUUUGAAUGUUCGGAAGUUCUUUCAACUUCCAUGGAUGAAGAGAAGAAACUCGUUUUAUCUGAAGACGAAAUUAAGAAAUUGCGACUUGCGAUGGAAAAACUGGAUGAAUUUCAGGAGCAAUGCCAAGAGGCUCUGGUAAGAGAUAACAUUGAAUAGUCGUGAAAUUCAGCUUAUUACAUUUGCAUUAGACUGUGAGUACGGUUCAUGUUUUGAAUUAUAAUAUUUAAAGUUGUAUUUUGUCAUAGCAGUAGGGCAGAAUGAGUUUGUGGUUUUUUCGAUGGGAUUAGUUUUUGUAUGCCUUGAGAAACUUUCACAUGCAAUUUGAUAAUCCUUUCAAAAUUGGCUCUUACGAACGGCUGACGUUGGAAGCAUUCUAUAUUAGCUUUAGAAACCCUUUACGGAUGCCAAGAUACAUUGAUAAAACUGACCAAAUUAUCUUCUCAAAAAAUAGUCAACUUUCAGUUGGUUUAUUUUUAAGAAACUGACACAUGUGAUGUUUUCGCUGUGGAGUUCACCUUUUAUCGGACAUUUAAUGUUUGAAUUACAAUCAAUAAUAAAUUGGUUCAACAUUUUGUUUUCUUUUAGGAGCAAACACUAGAGCAACAUAGACUUGACUCUGGUAAGGUUGAAAUGAUUCAAUGGGAUGAACUUGCCCAAGUCUUAUUCGAAAGGGUAGGUGCAGUUAUCAUUUGAUUCAAGUUUUUUACGUCGUGUUGAACAUACUAGCCGUACAUGAUGCUCCAACCGUCAAACGUGACAGAACUGAUUUCGGAGGGGAGAUUCCCUUACGUGACCAAACUAGCAUGCGUCAUUCAUUUCCUUAUAUCGGUUUCGGUUUCGGUUUCGCUUGUUGAAGGGAAAGUUUGAAAGAUGUAUGAACGAACGACUUGGUAGAAAAAAACUUAAAACUUGUUGUAAGUAAUAUAAUUAACAGUUUUAUUCCUAUAGAGAUGGCCCGUCAGAUUAAGUAUCCAAAACAAAAGAGAGCGGCUGUCGAUUUUCACCCACGCCUGUUAAACUUGAACCCCUCUAUAAACAAAUCAUCUGCGCUUGUAAUUAAUGAGUCUUUUCAAACUAUUUAUCUUUUCUACAGGCACAAUUAGACAAGACUGAUGUGCAAAGAAUGGAGGAAGACCUUAAUUUGUUCCAGAUGUUUAAGGCAGCCAUUAAACUGGUGACUGAUAGUGUGCUGGAUGAAAAUGUGCAGCAACUGAGCGAUGACUUGGAACAUUGGCUUAAUGCCAUCACACCAGUCAUGAUUAGAGUGGUAAGAAAAUUUCCUUUAUUAUUUUUCUCUGCAAAUGCUUUGCCCUAAUUUGCUUCACUCUGUUUUGAUAGAUUACUAAUCAGUGUGAUGUAAUAUUAUCAACUGAGUUGCUAACAUAAAUUGGCCACCAUAAAGAGUUUCGAGCGUCAGCCCUUCGUCAUUCGCUCUACGAUGGCCAAUUUAAAGUAUCAACUCAGCUGAUAAUACUCAAUUACCCUGUCAUACUCUCCCACCGACACAGCACCAUAGUUUCUUUAGAAACUUACCCCCUUAAGCAAUCAAUGUGAUUUACUCCUUUUCUCAUUUGAUUAAUCUUGUCUUACCUAUAUCCAUACUGUUUCCAAUUUUUUUUUCUAAAAGCUUUGGAGUAAUGGCAUUUCACCUCCAAAACCGCCACCGACUGAAGACUUACAGGAGAGACUGAAUGAACAAAUCAAAGAUUCUUUAAGGGUAAGUUUUUGCUCUGUGAUAGAAAUAUAAUAUAUUUCCUUGCAAUGCUAGGGUGAACACAAUACUACUCCAGCGUAAGGCAGCAUAAAUAUUCUUUGAUAAGUUUAAAUACAGUUUGAUUUAAGAAGUUCAGUGUUUAGGAAGUUAUUUAGUUAUGACUGCGUUCAGCCAAAGUUCCAGUCACCUAACAUAUAUUUUAUUAUAUUAAGAUGUUCUAAUCUCUUUAUUCUACACACACUAAGGGAGCUCACCAAACAUUCAAUGUGUAACGCAUUUAAAACCACUUAACCUGAAAGUUUCCUGUCGCUCAUUGUAGGAAUUUGUCUGUGAAAACGACGAAGAAAACGUGGAACACCCUCUGAAAAACGAAGAAGAAGAAACAGAUAGUUGCAAAAUCAACCCAAGAACUGUUCGUGACGUCAGAAAUUACAUCACUGUAAGGGAUCUGGGUGAUCUGUUGCUCCUUUUUAAAGGAGAUUUUGGUCAUGUGACCAGACACAGUUGAUAGCCUGUUAGGAGAGACAAAAAAGAGACUCGCAAAAGUUCAUAUUUUAAUGUUGUAUUAUGAUAUAUGUACAGAGAGAGCGCGUAGAUCUCAAUAUAUUGUUAUUUUAAGAGACAUUGUAAUAUAUAAUUCAGUCCUGCGUUUUUGAAUUUGUAUCACUAAUAUGAUGUUACAUAAAAUUUGAAUCAUUGGAUAAGCA